GACGGUGUAAAUUGUUGGGCAUUAAUGAAAUUCGAACUGAGGCCACAGGGUUAAUCGAAGAGGUUCGCGGCCGGCAUUAGUUUAAGUAGUUGUUUUCGGAUCACUCAGAAGCUUGCAUCGUCUCACGUGGACAGCCAGUAUGAGUAGCUGAAAGUUUGAAACGUGUCUGGAUCGAGAACAAGUGAGUAGAAGAUUCCUACGUCGUAGCAAAGGGAAGUGCGUGGUCUCGUUAUUCACCACAGAGUUGGGAAAAUGUCGGAGAAGAAAUCAGUGAAAAACAAGGAGAUGCAAUGGGCGGUUAUUUUGUGGUACAUCCAUCUCCACGUUCUCGGACUAUACGGCUUCUGGUUUGCACUCACCAGCGCUAAAUGGAUGACCGUAUUCUUCACUCUACUGUUAACAAUUCUGGCGUAUCUCGGGGUGACAGUAGGCGCUCAUAGGUUUUGGACCCACAGGGCAUUCGAGGCUGCGUGGCCCCUCAGGUUGUUCCUAAUGCUGUGCCACACCAUCGCAGGAGUGGGACCGAUAUACGACUGGGUACUCUACCACAGGCUCCAUCACAAAUACUAUGGGACAGACAAGGAUCCUUUCAAUCACAAAAAAGGAUUUUUGUACAGUCACUUCAUGGCCAAUGUGCUGAGUUGGCACAUGGAUUACGAUGAAAUGAUACGUCUUAUAGAUAUGCGAGACGUCGAACAAGACGGCUACGUCUGGUUCCAGAAGAAGUUCUACUGGCUGCUGUUCGGAAUAUUCGGUAUACUGCUACCAGUGAACGCGCCCUUGGAGUACUGGGACGAAUCGCUGUCCGGAGCUAUAGUAAUCACCGGCUUGCUACGAUUCGCGAUCACGACGAAUAUAUCUUGGCUCGUGGCCAGCUCGCGACUCAUCUGGAGCCUUGAAGGGAAAAAGAUACCACCAGACAGCAUCAGUUUGUUUUUCAUUACUCAUUCGUUUUGGCCGGCGUACCAUUACAUGAUCCCGUGGGACUGGAAAUGCGGCGAGUACGGUACUUACGACAGCGGCGUAGCCACGUUCUUCAUUAAAAUGUGGAACGAGCUCGGCAUGGUGGAUUACUUGCGUACGUCUGAGACCGAGGAUAUCAGAGAUAUGCUUCACCAAAUGGCGAAAAAGAAGUUGACCCUUGAAAAUGGUCUCAAUGAGCUCGAAGAAUUGUCCAAGUACAACGCGAAGAAGACCAGGAUAAUACCGCGUCAUUAAACCUUGGCUCAAUCUUCUUUUCUUUUCUCAAUCGUCAUCAUCGUUAUCCCAUUACUAGAGCAUGAUAGUCGGAAAGUUCAUACCGAUUUUUAUGGAAAUAUGAAGAAAUUCAAUCAUUGUUCUACGUUCUUUCUCUCCAUCUUUUAUCCAAUUUGAAGACUCUAUCCGUAAUAAUAGUGAAAAAUAUCCAUUCGAUUGUACGCAAUUCUUAGAGAAGACAAAAUUUGUUUCAAUGUAUGGUACAUUGCAGGGCGAU